AUGUCUGGCAGCGGUGUCGAACAGGCAUCGGGUGUCCGGAAUUUCGCGCCGCCUCCGUUUGGGCGUCAAUCAUCGGCACCCGCAUUUAGCCAAUCUGUGGGCCACAGCUCCUCUUCCAUGGAGGUCCCGCCGAUCGCAUCCUCCCUCUCGAACACCACGUAUACCUCGCUCCGAUCAGGCCUCGACCCCACGAACCCUCAUCUCGCUGGCCUUCAGUCAGAUCUGGACGCCCAAGAGUGCGAGUCCCCCGACCCGGAUGAUUACUAUCGACGAGAAAGGUUUGAUGGGAAGGGCAGGUUCGACAAUGUAACAAAUGCGAGCAUGGCACCUGGCUGUCGCGACCUGACGGACAGAGUGUCUCCGCUGCCAACAGACCUCCUGGAUCGGUCGCGCGCUAGACGACCUACAUGGCGGUCGGCAUCUGAUUCGCCUGCCUUGAGGGGCCCGUCAGCAACUCUACCCUCUUCCUCCACGAGAGCCCGACAAGCUUCCUUCAAAGACCUUGUGAACAAAUUCAACAAAACUCCCGACCAACCACUUCUUCCCUUACCUUCCGUGUCUCGAUCCACCUCACGGACUGCAAGCCCCGCCGGCAGCUUUGACGGCGAACACCCCUCACGGACCUUGCCGCGACGGCGUCAUCUGCGCGGCGAAUCCCCACCGCCAGUCUCUGUCACGAGCAACCGUAACCCUCGGCUGCAGGUUGAUCUAACACCGUCGCCGGAGGUCGAGCGCCCGGGACCCAAUCCAUUAAGUACGGACGCUGCAGUCCCUCCGCCGCUCUUCCAGCGCAUACCGAAGUCGCAUCCUCGACGACCACUGUUUGGGGAACUUUUAUCGGUCGACACUCAGCUGAACAACCUAGGAUUCGGGAUACCUUCGCACGUUAGACGCCGAGGCUCUGAAGGGAGCAUCCCGAGUCCGAACCCAGCCUUCCUCGAUCAGUCCCAGCCGGCAUCAGCCCGGUCUCCAUUGACUCCAACCGCGUGGUAUCUGGGGCAGACAAGCUCACUGGAAGCGGUACAUGCUGGGUCGAACGGCACGAGCAGCCAUCACCGCAGAGUUCGGAGUGACUUGGCUGGCAAUCCUUUAAGGGAGCCCCUUGCUGAUCCUUGGGCUCCCGACAUGGCGGUUUCAGGGCCCUUGCAGCAGGCCAAGCCUGGUGAUGGGUCUCCAGGCAGUCCGAAUUCUAGAUCCCGCAUUCCUGUCUCAUUGCACCGUCUCCCCACUGCUUCCGGUGCCGAGAGCGAGUUACCGACCUCCAAUUCGACCUUCAGCUGUCGGGCCUCCGCCAUUCCUUUGGCGCCGAAGGGCAGCAGCCGCCUUCCCAAACCGUCUGGAAAGGACAGCCCGCCCCGCAUGACGGAAAAUGGACCCGCUUCGUUUGCGAUGACCGCGCGUGGUAGACGGGAUAUGACGGUUGGCCGAACCCGUACACAGGCACCCGAAGGAAGUCGGCUCCUCCAAGCGUACAUUGCUGCGCCUCUUCCGAAGAAAUCACCACCCUUGCGCAGCUCACGACCUCGACAGCCGGUUUCGCAUGGUGCUCCGACUUCACCACAUCUGCGACUUGGUGAUAGAAUAUCGACAUUGCAAAAGAACGUUGAUAGAAAUAUUGAGCCACCUCGCAGUCCCCGCGCGCGACAACGACGAUUGCCCGAACUGGGCGAUGUUGAUUUCGAAACUCGUCGACAGCGAAUCCAACAAGCUUUCAAUCGCACCGUCCAGGAGAAUGAGCGAAAGGAGGAGGCCGCUGCCGAGCUUCGCCGUCGUGCCCGAGAACAAAAAGAAGAAACAGCUCACGGAGACAUUGAAACUAUUGAAACUCCAACGGAUGACCAGGAAACGACUCCCAGCGCGACAACAGCUAACAAACCUCUGCCAUCGGUAGAGAUGGCCACUGUGAUGACCCAGUCGGUCAGUGUUCCUGGCGACGGGAACCGAGAGCCACACACCGUUCCUCAACUCCACCUAAAUACAGCAAUCAGUGUGAUGGAAAGCAAUGCGCCGCAUACGACCAUGGAUUCCCCAACGCUGGGAGUUCCUGAUGGCAUUGAUCGCGAGCCACGUGAUAUGGCGCCUGAUCUAAAUCACGCCAACGACGUUACACCCAGGUCGGCCAUCACCACUGACUCGAACGAUACUCAUGUCACUCACUUUGAUCCCGAGCCUCAAUCCGGGUUGCUUGAGCGGAAGCCCAGCGCAUCUCACCGGACACUGUUGAAUCAUAUCAUGCAGAUCCGCGAAUCAAGUUCAAGCAGCGAUUCUUGCGACGAGCCGGACUGUAGUCUAUCCGAAAAUGACGACAAGGCAUCGAUCAAGAUCAUGCUCCGCGAUUCCACCUACUUGAGCUCUGAGAGUAGCACGGAUACCGAAGCUCCUCAGCCGGCGCCUGUGCAGGAAUUUCAGGCUGUUGAUCCAUCCUACACCAGAUGGAGCAUGAGCUCAUGGGAUUCAUCUCUGCACAAUCAAGCCUCCACUUGCGAUGAGCAAUGUGACGAGAGUGGGGAUGAUCUAGCUCUCCACCGUGGACAGGAGGCAGAACCAGCGACCCAAUCUUGCUCUGCAGCUUCCACUGGCCCGCCGUCAGUGGAAGGCGACGAAACCACAUCCCCGUUACAGGACAUUGGCUUUAUGGGCCCUGACACCAUUGAGUAUUCGCAACAGCAGCAACCCAGCCAUGUUUUUUCGACUCCUCCUAGUUUGGCCAAACAAGGCCGAUGGGACUCGCGCCGUGUUACUCAGCUCUAUCUGAAAGAAUUGACUCGGGGUAGGGCCAACAACAGCAACAACAGUAACCUCAACAACCUUCCUCUCCCGGCAGUUCGCACUGCUCCCAGUGCUCCACCUCGAACACAUGACCAGACCGAUAGCCUGACGGAUGACCCCGUCUUUGUUCCGGGUUUCGAGGACAUACCAAACUCGGAUCAGCUCGUCCAUUCGGCAAGUCUGGUUGGCCCGAGUGACUGGGAACACGCGUCCCCAUCCAUCAUGGAUUGGAUGCAGAUUGCCGCCGAAGACGAAGAUAUCGAAGAUAUCACUCCUGGCAACGAACGAGCAGGCGAUAAUCCGGACGGCUUUCCUACUCCGCGCCUUAGAACAGCAGCGGUUGAACUAGAUGCUUCUACAAGUCAUAAUUCCGGUCUUGGGCUAUCUAUUAAUGUUCAGUCGCCGGUUCCUCGACCUGUCGAACUUCCCGCUGAAACGGUUAGGGUCGCUGAUGAUUUGCCUGCGAACCACCCAGUUCUUCCAAGCGUCCCCCAGCUACGCGCUGCGCACAGUACCGAAAGCAGUGAAGACUCUUCAUUCCGAAAACUGGAGCCCACACAAUCCCCUCAUGCCGCAGACUCGUCUGCAACGUCUCUGGCUCCAUCUGCCGAGCAAUCAAUGCGUGCUGAACCUCGCAAGUCCCCUUCCCCUGAGCAGCGACGCCUUAAGAAACGGCGUCAUGUCAUCAAGGAGCUUGUUGACACCGAGUAUACAUUUGGUAGGGAUAUGAAGGUUGUCGAUGAUAUCUACAAAGGGACUUCUUCAUCUUGUUUGGAUCUCUCUGCGGAUGAUGUCAAGAUUCUGUUCGCCAACUCCGAUCAGGUUGCGCAAUUCUCCUUCAAUUUCCAGGAUGCACUUAAGAUGGCUGCUCGCAGUGUCUAUAUCAUGCCUAAGUCUCAGCGCUGGAGCAGCAAGCGCAGCGCCCGUCAUAAUCGCCCUGCUGAUGCAGGGGCUGAUGACCAGACUGGUGCCGACGCAGGAACGUCCGAGCUUGAAAAGGACCGCGCCACCGCCAUUGGAGAGGCCUUCAUUAUUCACAUGGCGCAGAUGGAGAAGGUGUACUCUGAGUACCUGAAAAACCACGAGGCUGCCAACAAGAAACUUCAAGCUCUUCAGCGCAAUGCAAAGGUGUCCAUCUGGCUGAACGAGUGUCGGGAGUGGGCAUCUGACCUUACAUCCGCUUGGGACCUGGACUCACUGCUCGUCAAACCUGUACAACGAAUUCUGAAGUAUCCGCUCCUCCUGACCGAGCUCCUGGAAUCAACUCCGAAUGACCAUCCGGAUCGCAUGCAUCUCCAGAACGCAUUACAAGAAGUCACUGACAUUUCUGUUCGAAUCAAUGAGAUGAAAAAGCGUGCGGAUUUGGUUGUCCAGGUCGUGGGUCGCAAGCGCAACCAGUCUGAUGUACGAACAGGCUUGUCAAAGGCCUUUGGUCGACGCACCGAGAAACUCCGACAACAAGUGGGCCUCUCGGAGAUGUUCCAAGACAAGGAGUACGACUACCUGUUCCAGAAGUUCAGCGAGCACUUCGCAGAACUGCAUGUCAUCAAAAAUGAUGUGGUAAUAUAUAAAGAGAAGACCCACGAGGCAAUGAGACAACUCGGUGAAUACGUUGCCGCCAUUGAAGGGGUCAUGGAUGUGGCGCAGUCCAAUUACUCUGAAUUGGAGAAUAAAUGGCGCGGCUUCAAUAUGGCGUUCCAGGAUAUUAUCAAUGUUGAGUUACCUGAGCAUCUUGAAACGGUCACCAAACGCGUCCAGGAACCCUUUGAUUCGGUCAUCAGACUCUACCAAGGUCCCGAACGAGUCAUGAGGAAACGCAAUAAGCGCCUUCCUGAUUAUGCUCGCUACAAAGCCGUCAAGGACCGCGGCGACAAACCCGACAAAAAAACUACCGAGCAAGGCGAGCAGUUCAUUGCUUUGAAUGAGACGUUGAAGGACGAGCUGCCCAAACUCUUCGCGUUGACGGGUAAACUCACGGAAGUCUGCAUGACGAAUCUGCUGCAACUCCAAACCAUGUGGUGGAGCAUGUUCCAGACGAAAAUGGAAGCUCAUGUCGACGACUUCCCUGAAGACUUUGGGAAACUGAUCAGUGAGUGGAGCAACGACUACAGCUUCGCCGAAGCUCAGGUCCUCUCACUCGGUGUCUGCAAUGGAUCCUUGCUGGCUGAGACUGUCAACUUGGUCAACUUCAAUACCCCCUCGACCGGCAAUGUGAACUCGCCCCGACGUCCUUCCACGGUCAGCAGCUCUACCCACCGACCUGGCUCAAUUGUCGAGGACUCGCCGAAGGUCUCUAAUGACUUUGGUGUGAGCCAACUUUUCCAUUCUCCCAAUAUGAGCCAGUCCGGUACCAGUCGCCAUCGGACAGAUUCCUCUUUCUCCGGUCGUGCUCAUCCAGAAACCCCAGAUGUGGGGCGCAGUCAGCUUCUGCAGCAAGUGACCAGCACUUCUGGAUCCUCCUCGGACAUGAGGUCCAACACGGAGCCCUUCCCCAGCCUCCCAAGUCUGAGCCUGGAUACGCCUUUCCUCGCCGACGUUAUCAGUGCCUCGGCGGGUGAGAAUAAUCCUCCGACUUCUCCUACUGACCGAUACUCCGGUUUUUUCUCUUCCGCCAUGCCGAUGUCAGACAGUCCUCAUGAGGUCGAGGUCCAUCGGGGCCCUAAGUUCCUCCCCGAAGGUGCUAAAGUCCUCUUUGUCGCAGCCAGUCUGUACAAGUUCGACAUUGAUCGUCCUCGGAGCGAAGCAGGCUUCCCAUACCUGACCUACGAGUCCGGGGCUGUCUUCGAUGUCUACGGCGAAAAGGGUGAACUAUGGCUCGCCUGCAACCAGGAUGAAAACGCAGAGAAUCUAGACGUCACUGCGGAAGAGCUUGCCGCCAUGGACCCCGGAGCCCGAGCGAUCACACUCGGCGAGAUUCAAAGGCGGAAGACAGAGAAAGAGAAGACUCUCGGGUGGAUCUGGAAUAAGCAUUUCGUGAAGCUGGCCUAA